AGGCAAUGCUAUUUUCAAACAUUUUUUACUAACAUAUCUUCAUGUCAACUAGCUUCAGUGCAACUAAUGAAUUGAUAGACUAUAUAUAUGUUGGCAUGCCCUCUGUUGUUUUACAGAAUAAUUGACUCAAUUUCCAUCAAUCCACGGUUUUAAAAUCUUAAUAAGAAAUUGAAGGGAUGGCACAAAUUGGAGAUGGAAGAUGGUCUCUUCAUGGCAUGACUGCCCUUGUUACUGGUGGUACUAGGGGCAUUGGGUAUGCCAUAGUUGAAGAAUUAGCGAGUUUUGGUGCAUCGAUCUAUACAUGUUCUCGCAAUAAAAAGGACUUGGAUGAAUGUUUGGAGAAAUGGCAAACCAAAGGUUAUAAAGUAAAUGGUUCUACAUGUGAUUUGUUCUUAGAAGAUCAACGAAUCGAGUUGAUUGACAAAGCCACUCAACGUUUCAAUGGGAAACUUGACAUCCUCGUAAAUAAUGCUGCUAUAUGUGUACCAAAAGAGACAACACAAAUUACUUCAGCAGAUUGCUCACUAAUGAUGGGAACCAAUUUUGAAGCUUCAUAUAACUUGUGUCAAUUAGCAUAUCCUUAUUUGAAAGGUUCAGGAAAGGCAAGCAUUGUGUUCAUCUCUUCUAUCUCUGGGAUCAUGGCUAUUCCUUUUGUUUCUCUCUAUGCAGCAACAAAAGGAGCAAUAAAUCAAUUAACGAAGAACUUGGCCUGCGAAUGGGGAAAAGAUAAUAUUCGAGUUAACGCUGUUGCACCUUGGAUUAUUGAUACCGCCCUUACAGAUACUGUAGCUGAAGAUUUUGAGUCAUCAGAUGUGGAGAAGUUAAUAAAGAGAACUCCAAUUAGCAGGAUGGGAAAGCCAAAUGAAGUAUCAUCACUUGUGGCUUACUUAUGUUUUCCAGCUGCUGCUUAUAUAACUGGCCAAAUCAUUUGUGUUGAUGGUGGAAAAACUGUUUCUGGAUUUCCAUGAUUAAUUACUUACUUACAUGUCUAAACUUUCUACUCAAUUGGGGAAAGGCUCAUAAAUCAUAAUAAUUGUCAAUUUACGAAGCAGUCACACGUAAAACAAGUGUAUUAUUAAUUUUUAUUUAGUCUUUGUAGUGUUGUUAUGGUAUGAUUGUAUUUACAUACAGUAGACAAUAAAAUUCGCGUCGAAAAAACAAUAAUCAAGAACGGAAAAUUAUGCAACAAUCGUAUUUAUUAUUUCAAAGUGUGAGUGUUACAAUCUCUAUGAUUCCUUUGAAUUCGCCUUUUCAAAUAUAAAUUCAAGGGCUCUUGAGCUUGAUCUUGAAUUUUCGAUGAACUUGAA